AGGGAUAGAUGUCGCCACCCGAAACUGCCCGACACAAAUAAUCGGCCAUUUUCCUUUGUCAUACGCAGUAAAUUAUCAAGUGUCGGAACCUCGUUGUUUUUGUGGUGUUUUGUCAGAGAGUUUGGCAGUAAACCCGUUCGCAUAACCACAAUGGCCAGCCGCAAAAAGAUCCUGCUCAAGGUGAUCGUCCUCGGCGACUCGUCGGUCGGCAAGACGUCGCUGAUGAACCAAUACGUGAACCGUAAAUUCUCCAACCAAUACAAGGCGACCAUCGGCGCCGAUUUCUUGAGCAAAGAGGUGACGGUCGACGAUCGCACCGUCACCAUCCAGAUAUGGGACACGGCCGGCCAGGAGCGUUUCCAGAGUUUGGGCGUCGCUUUCUAUCGCGGCGCCGACUGUUGCGUGCUGGUAUUCGACGUGACCGCACCGAACACGUUCAAGUCGCUGGACAGCUGGCGCGACGAGUUCCUGGUGCAGGCGUCGCCCCGCGAACCCGAAAACUUCCCCUUCGUCCUCCUGGGCAACAAGGUGGACCUGGAACCGAGGGCCGUGUCGGCCAAACGGGCGCAACAGUGGUGCCAGUCGAAGAACAACAUCCCCUAUUUCGAGACGUCGGCCAAGGAGGGCCUGAACGUCGAACAGGCGUUCCUCCAGAUCGCCAAGAACGCCCUCGCCCAACAGAACAGCACCGUCGACUUGUACAACGAGUUCCCCGAUCAGAUCAAGCUGACGAACGCGCAGAAGCCGAGCGGCGGCGGCGACUCGUGCGCGUGCUAAAAAACCUCCACCCCUAAAUGCUACUACUACUUCUACUAAAAAAACAAACCCACUUGUAACUAUAUGGCUUUCAGUUCAUUUUUUGUUUUUGGGCAGUCCGCAGCACGUGAAUGAGUCAUAUCGGAAAUCAAAAAAUGACUGCUGCAAAGCUAUUUGUAUAUAUUUUAUUGAAAUUUAAAAAAAAACAAGGUUUUCUAUCGUAUCUAUACAUACAAUUUAUUUAUAAAUAACGAUCAAGUUUUUGUUCAUUGACGUUGCAAUCUCAUUUAUAGGUGAAAAUUUUAAUUGUUAAGCAGGGUUUCCCAACAUACAUAUAUAUUUAAAAAAAAAUAAUAAUGCAAAACUUUAAAAAUUGUGGGUGGUGAAUGUAUAAUUACAAGUUUUCAUUUGAUUCCCACUGCAAAUUGUUUAUUAAAACGUGGUUCGAAGAGACAUAGCUUAAGUAAUGUGAUAUGUUUGUUGUUAAAUUUAGUGGCUUCAGACAAAAAUACAAUUCAAUUUCGCGUUCAUUCAUUUGCAGGUCUUAUCUAUUUAACAUUGGUAUGCAAUAUUUUUCAUGUACAUAUUUAAAAAAACUAUUUUUAUAAUUUUCAGGUCUAUUUAUUUAGAUGUUUUGUUUUCUCUAAUAUUUAGUUUACAUUUUUAAUAAUUACUGUUUCUGUAAAACAGCUAUUGAAUGGCGAAACUGUUUAGUUAAUGAUAGUAGUUGUCUAUUGCCAAGUUCUUUUUAAAAACGAGAUUUCUGUAGUAUAUAUAAAUUUGUAUAUUAUCAAAUUAUAUUGAAUAAACAUUAAUAGUA